AGGAUGUCGCUACAUCAGCACGCAUCUGGAGAUGCUUUCAAACGCGCUCGUUCUCCUGCCCGCAUCCCGUUUCCGUGGCAACGAGCACGUCCGCUCCAUCAGCACAGCAGCAGGAUUACCAGCCUACCACAAGCUUCUCCUGCCCAUGGGCUCGGCUACAGACUAUAAAGUCUUGAGAGAGAUAACUAGCGCUUCUCAAAUUCUUCACUCAGACGCCCAAACGUGCUGAACCCGAGCAGUGAGCAGCCAUGCCUUCCGAACUAGAGACUGCCAUGGAGUCCCUCAUCAUGGUUUUCCACCGGUACGCUGGAAAAGAGGGCAGGAGCGGCACCCUGACCCGCCGUGAACUCCGAACCCUGAUGGAGAAUGAGCUCUCUGGGUUUCUCAAGUCUCAGAAGGAUCCCACCACCAUAGACAGAAUUAUGAAGGACUUGGAUGCCAAUGGGGAUGGAGAAGUGAACUUUGAGGAGUUUGUGUCUUUGGUCGUGGGUUUGUCCAUCGCCUGUGAGGCUUGCUACAGGGCGCAGUUAAAGAACACACAAACCUGGAACCUAUGAGUUUGUGUUGAUGCGUGUACAUCAGUGCCGAAUGAAAACCAUAAAAACUACUUUUGCUGCAAGGUUAAAGUACAGUGGGUGUGUGUGACAGGACUUUGGCCUACAAACAGUAUUCUUUGAGCUUUAAACAUGUCUGUGCUAAAAGCAAAAUGUUUUUAUUUAAAAUAAAGCUUUAAAAUAUUCAAAAGUC